AUGGCAACCAGUACCGAUUUGGGAAACGUCGAGACCGCUUCUGAUAUGGCAGAAAGCACAGGCGUGUCGUCGAUAGACGCCAGUCCGGUAAAGAGUAAAAACAGCAAGAAGAAUAAAAAGAAGAAGGAGAAGGCCAAGAAGAAGAAACAGUCUCAACAGGCAUUACAAAACGAAGCUGAAAGUAUUGACGACAGUGCUGGUAACGAAAAAGAGAGCACUGCCGAAAUACAAGAACCAUCAAAUGAAGAGUUGGCCACAUCUACACAACUGGAGGAGCCAAAGCUAGUAGUAACUACAGAUCAUGUAAAUAAGGAACAUGGAGAGAGUGCAGAAGGACAAACUGACGCAAAGGAUGAAAAAGAUCUGAAUACUAUUGAAAAGAGCCAAGAUAACGAUCUCUCAAAAACCGGAAAUUCAUCAGACAAAACAAAUGACUAUAUGACUGAAGAAGACUUGAACAGUUCACCAUUAGAUCACCUACCAGAAGGCGAAAAUGAAGCACAAAAAUUAAAUGAAACUAAUGUCUCUACCAAAUUGAAUUCAGAGAAGCAAACCAAUAUCUCCGACACACAGAUAAAGGAAGAGGUUCUAGAAAACCCAACACUGGAACACAAUGACAUGGGCAAAGAAUCGAAGGAAAACUUUCCAAUACAGACUCCAAAGAAUGAAGACAAUGGUACAAAUGACGAAGCAAAUGAUGAUAUGAUUGAUCAUGGUACAACCGAAAAUGAGGUGCUUAUAACUGAAGCAUCUAAAGAGAUCAAGAACUCCUUGGAAAAGAACCUUGAGAACGAUGUGAAAUCUGAUACUCUAAUAAGUACAGACCCAACCGAGGACAAUUUGUUACCAGCUCCAGAAAUGAGUACUGUGGAUAAAACCACCAACCAACAACGAGAAGAGAGUCUAAUAAAGGUCGAAGAGAACAGCGGUGAAAAAGAUCUGUUACCUGCACAAGACCAAGAAACAACUGAGAAGAAAGACAAUUCUCCUGAAAAUGACCAUUCGGACCAUGACAGUCUACUAAAUGCUGGUAAACCUAUCAAACAUAGGUUUACCAGCGGUGAUGACUACGAAAACUCUGAACAACAAGGUUCCAAUAGGAACAUGCAUGACUUCACUUAUACAGACGAAGAUGAGAAUCACAAUGGGAUACAGAUGUCGGACCAUGAUGACGAACAAUAUAAUGGACAUUACAGUGGUAAACCGCCAGCACUUCCAACCAGACACAUAUCUCAAUCUCCGAUGAGUAUUACUACUAGUGACACAGACCACAGAACGCCGCCUGCCUUACCAAGUAGGGAAAUGAAAACUAGGGUUAAAAACGCUGUGCCACCACCAUUAGCGGAAGAAUUGAAAUCUGAUAAGUUUAGAGAGGAAUUUGAAAAGGGGAAAAUAAAGGCAAAACAUAAAAGAUAUCCAAGUAGUUCAUCUAUGAGACAGAGUUCUUCUCAAUUAGAAACAGCUGCUGAUGUCAAUUUAAUUGCUAACAGAUACCGGAAGACUAGCAGCCAUGUCCUAAGAGAAACUACAUCCACACAAGAGUUAUUAGAAGAAGGACAAACGCAACUGAAAACUAAUUAUACUAGCAUUUUGGAAAACUUAAAAGAAGAAAAUGUAACUGAAGCUCAGCUCGAAGCCGACCAUGAGUAUAGUAAAGAUGAAAAGAAAGAAUUGCUACGUACUGAUUGGACAUUUUGGACUGAAGUUGUCAAUGACUUCCCAGCAGUGGCUAGUCAAGAACCGGAAAAGUUAGAGCAACAAGUAAUUGCUGGAAUUCCAACUCAGAUAAGAGGAAUAAUAUGGCAGUUGAUGACAAACUCUAAAUCGAAGGAGAUGGAAGAUAUCUAUAACACACUACUUCCCGAACCUACCCCCCAUGAUGCCGCCAUUAGAAGAGAUUUGAAGAGGACAAACUUCAUCCCACAAGAAAAAAUUGAACCUCUAUAUAAUGUGAUUAAGGUGUACACAAUUUUUGAUCCUGAAGUUGGCUAUACUCAAGGUAUGGCGUUUGUGAUAGCUCCACUGUUGUUAAAUUGUGAGACUGAAGCAGACGCCUUUGGGUUGUUAGUCGGUCUGAUGAAGAAUUAUGGACUCAGAGAUUUCUACUUACCUGAGAUGCCUGGGCUAGUGCUUUCGCUGUAUCAAUUUGACAGAAUCAUCGAGGAGAAUUCUUCACAGUUGUCGAACCAUUUGAACCGUGAGGGUGUCAGAGCUUCCAUGUAUGCUACUCAGUGGUUCUUGACCAUGUUCGCAUACAAGUUCCCGUUGUCGUUUGUGUUGAGGAUUCUGGAUGUUAUAUUUGUUGAAGGGUUAGAGUCGAUCCUGAAGUUUGCUGUCAAUCUGAUGCUGAAGAACGAGGCCAAGAUAUUAUCUCUGAAGUUUGACCAGUUACUAAGUUUCCUGAAAGAGGAGCUAUUUGAAGUAUACCGUGUCAGCGAGGACAAGCUUGAUGGUGCUGAUGCCAGUUCGGUGAUAGUCCAUGACUCACAGCCUGCUGUCGACGAUGUGGCGGAAACUCGGUACGAUGUGGACCAGUUUGUGCAGGAUGCCAUAGCUGAUGUGCAGAUCACGCCGCUGUCGUUGAGGCGUUACAGCGAAGAGUACAAAGAGAUACAGCAGCUGGAGCACCAGCGGGAGACACAGUAUGAGUCAAUGCGGAUCAAGAACCACCAGUUGAACAAGGAGUACCACAAGUUACAGAACGAUUACAAGCAGCUGAACCACGAGCAUGAGUCAAUAGCGAGCGAGCUCAUUGAGAUCCGCUUGAAGUACCAGAUGUUGCUGGACGAGCACAACGAUCUGCAAGGGAGCAUAGAGUCGGUGCGUGCAGAGAUCCAGCAGUUGAAGGACCACGGUGUGAGCGAGGACCAAGCACAUGUGGCUACGAAUGACCUGGAAGUGGAUCUUCAGAGAGCCACACAUAGAAAUACAGAAGUCAUGAGGGAGAACAUGAAGCUUGAAGACCGGAUUGAAGAGUUGAAACUGCUUGUGAAGGAGCUGAAGAUGGCCAACAGGAUGAACAGAGAGCCCACCACGUUGGGGACCACACUGGGGACCACACUGGGCACGAACCUGCGCUCUUCAGCUGGGGCCAGUUGGUCAGGGUUCAAGAAAGUGUUUGGCAAGUGA